AUGGCAGGGGACCCACGCCUUUUGACACCGGGGUUGCCACGCCGAGGCUGGCCAGGAGCAGUGGGAUAUGAAGAGAUUGGAGCUUCGAGGAUGUCAGAAGAACGGUUCAAGGAUAGUGGGAGAUUAGACGAUGCAACAUGCUGCAAAGAGAGAGUUGUAUUGGUGGCAGUUUAUGUAGCGAGGCCGAGGAGGAGGUUGCCCUCGAGUAAUUACCACAACCAGCAGCACUUCCCCCAGGCUAAUUGUGCUGCUGGUGGUAGAAGGUACAAUAUGAGAGCUGAGCUGCUCGACUAUGCUAGAGACCUGAGAACAUCUGCACGACCAGGGGGAUCCUCCCCAGUACAUUUGAGUUCACAAAUCAUACAACCACGAGCAGUUCAGAUUACUCCGGCUCAAAGAAAGAUAAGAAAAACAACUGUUCCAACUUGUUUGGGAAACUGGAAAUUGUUAUUACCGAGAUUUCUCACCUCGAUACCAGCCUCAAAAACAUUGAAAAUGAAGAAGAAAAACAAGAACAAAACAGCAUAUCCACAAUUACUAAGACGACAACUGUGA